UUGCCAUCACUAAGGCAACUUGACUGAAUUUCAUAGAUUUUUGUAAACAAACCGAAAAUACUCCAGUUAGAUGGCCACCUGGACACAAAAUGAGCCCACAGGUGUCACGAAGCGUAGGCGUUGGAAUCUGGAAGAUCGCGCCUCCUUGAACAAACUGAAGCAUCACAUUGCCGAGGAGGGAUGUCCCCAGAUGCAAUACGAUCUGGCCAAGGAGUUGCUCGACAAUGCCAUUGAACCCAAUCUUGCCAAGGGCAAUCAGAACCAGAAGGCCGUCAACUGGCUGGUAAGUGCUGCCCACAAUGGCCACGAGGAUGCGGCCAAACUGCUCCGGCAGUGCUACAACGAUGGCAGCGGCAUUACGGCGGAGAACGCGGAUGAAGUGCGUCGCUGCCUGGCCAUGACGCCCGGCGAACGAGCAGCGAGAAAAGCAGCCCGGGAGCUCUUUGCCUGCCUGUCAAACGGCAAUGAGCACAUCACGCCCAAGCAGCUGGAGCGCAAGAUGCGACGCAUUUACAACCUGCAACGUAAGCGGCGUCGACGCGACGACGAUCGUUCCUCGUCGAGCAGCGAAGGGGAGCAGGAUCAGGAGCCGGAGUGCGAGCCCCUGGAGGAUGUGCCCACAAUUGGCGUGGCCAACGUGGAGCGACGACGCCUCAUCACCGAGGCUCACCUGGUUUCGGCUGCUUCCAACUACAGUGCCGGACAGAUGCCCAGCGUUAACGAUGCCCUCACUUUGUCCGUGCCAGAUCCGAGGAGCCUGGACCAUGUGCCCUGCUUCUACCGCAUGAUCUUCCACCCGCUCAUCUUUUUCACCAUCUUCUACCACCGCCUGCUCAACCUGAUCGUCUCCAUACCCAAUGUCAUCCCGCUGAGUGUGCGCUGCAGUGUGCUGGUGGCGCUUUCCUGGUGGAGCACCCGCCACAUGCUGCCCCUGGUCAGCUAUUACCUCAGUCUGGGCAUCAUGAUUUGGGCCACCUGCAAGAUGCUCAAGACCAAGCAGCAGUUCGUCGACUUUCGCAUCUGGUCGGGGCUGUUUCUCAGCUACGGAGAUCAAAACAUUGAGGCGGACAUUGCGGAGCAACGUUUUCUGCGCAACAAUAUGAAGCCAUACCUGUAUUACUUUGGUGCCUUCAUAUGCAACCUGAUCGUGUAUCCGCUGGUAACCGACGCUUGGUUGCCGCACUCGGAGCUGACAAUUGUAUCCGGGGCCUUCACCUUCCUCACCAUGGGCGUGUCCAUGUACGCCUCCUCCCACCUACUGCCCGACUGGCUGGUGAUCGUCUCCUUUGCCGUGAAUGUGCUUGCCAAGUAUCCGUAUGAGAUGGACGAGGUUGUGUCCACUCGCUGGCGCUUCCUGGAUCUACGCGUGCCCACCUUCUCGUCCUUUGUGAUUGGCAAUGGGAUUGAGUUCUGCCUGAACUGCCGCACCGCCCUGUACCUCUUCAUUCCUGUUCUGCUGGUGAUGAUGGCGAAACGCUCCCGCUGGCAUGGAGUCUACACCUACCUCAUCCCUCACUGCGUUACGCUCAGCUGGCUGCAAGUGUGCAUCGCCACCUCGCAGAGUGCCACCAUGUUUGGAGUGAUGCGGGCAGCCCUCGGCCUGGCCGGAAUCGUCCUGUUCCUGCCUCUUUUCGGGAUCGUAGCUCUGCUCGUGCCUGUCUUUGUGGCCAUCGAUAGUUUGGGACUGGCCAGCGAGCAGCUGCGCUGGGGCAGCACGGCCAUCGCCUGCGGGCUGGUGGUGGUGCUAUCCUGCGUCCUCGCCCUGAACCGAGCCACCCAGAAAUACAUCACCAUGCUGCAGCUUUUAAUGGCGGUUACGACAGCCUGCUUACUGGUCUUUCCCUACAUGACAUCCAGUUUCAAGGACACGCCCCGCUUCAACGCUAUGCCCAGAGUGGGGUUGCACGCCCUCGCCGAAACGGAUACCCUGCAGUGGGAACGGUUCCACACUCUCUGUGCCCAACCCAUACACGAGCAGCCGAACAAGAUCAAGGCGCAGCUGCGUUGCUCCCAUCUCAAUGGCAUGCCAGUGACCUGGGAGGGCAGCAUUACGAGAGUGGAGAUCUCGCGGGUGUCCAACAUGCUAGAGGAUGUCAUUGCCAACUAUCUGCCCAUGUGGCUGGGCAGAAUGCUGCGCUGUGUGCACGGCGAGAACAUAUCCCAGCACUUCAGGUGCGAUCCCAAGAUGGAUGCCCAGUGCGAGGAGUGGCGCAGCGUGAUCAAGCUGAAGGUGCAGAGCGGAAGCUGCACACUGCAGCGUUGGAAUCACUACGAGUACGAAGUGCUGGUGAAAGUGGGCAGCAAGAAAGCUAGCCGUCUGCUGGGCCGUUCCACUACCACCAACGUGAUCCUACGAGCUCACCAUGACUUUGGCAACUUUACCCGACUCCUGAACGAAGGCGAUAUAGUCCUGUUCUAUGGAACUCUGCACAAUACACGGCUUCUGGGGGACAACGUGCAGGUACACCUAAAAACCAUCGAGUGCGUGGACUGCCAGUCACCGGAUUUGGGAUCGGCGAGCAUAGAACGGGUUGUGGCCACCUCGCCCAUGGAUGCUCGCCUCCAGGAUCUAAUGAGGGGCAUAAAGUACUUGUUGAACGCCUUGUUGAAUCCUUUGAUUACAUUUAAAUAAGCUCCUUCCUAUUAAAAGACCCCAAGAAAAGUGAGUUUCUUGGCAUGCGCUCUCCAAUAUUUAUUGGUACCUAUAAAUAUGUAUGUAUUUAGAACCCAGGAGGAUCUUCCUCUAUAUUAGCGUUGCAUUUAUAAUAUGAACGCUUUGUUGAUUGAAUGUAUUUAUAAAAUCAAUUAAAACAGCUAAAACAAAUAA